AUGGCCUAUUCGAAUCUUCAGACGCUCCCUACUCCUCCUGCCUCGGCUGCCUCUCCCGCCCCGAGCAACCUGUCCACAUCGAGUCGAGCCUCUAGCCUGCCGAUUCCUCGCACGCACCGCCUUCAGCCAGGCUCACAGAAAGAGAUUGCGCUAAUAAUCUACCUAGACAACCACAUUCUGAAUAUCACAAGAAGAUAUGCGAAGAAGUUCACUGACGAAGGUCUGCAAAACGAUGAUACCCCGGGCUACACCACAUACGAUCAGUUCGUCGCAGACGUCGAGCCGCUUGUAGACGUUGUUUGGAUCAGUGGCACACCAUCCAUUCAGAUCCCGUAUCUGCUACAACUCGCUGGACUUGCUUGCUCUUACCUCCAGGCCUUUCCCUUCUCGAACUCCCUUUUUCCCCUGCUGAGCAAGAUUGAUCAGGGUUUUGCCAGCCUGUUACAACCUACGCAGAAUGGUGCCAUAUCUGCCACCAACACUCAGGUCUCGGUGACAGAAAAGGUCCGGAUCAAGUCACUGAUCGAAGAGACUCGGAUCGCGGCUGUUAACGCAGCCUCAUCCAAUGGACACGCGGCAAGCGUACAGGAUGUCACUGACGCUGACGCGGACGUUGAUGACAACGAGAGGGACGAGGAAGGACAGCGCGACGAGGACGAUGACGACGAACAACCCAUGUCGGUUGCGCUUGCAUUAUCAAGAAUAUACAAGAGGACACUCGAGAUCCUCGGCGACUCCCUCGUUACAAGUGUACCGCCACAACCUCAGCAUGAUGACAUACCUAUGACCUGA